CUUGUGUAAACACAGUCUACCAUAUGAGUCUACCACACGAGUUUAAGAGUUAUUUUACGUUAAGAUUAACAAAUUAUUAAAAAUCUCUGACCGAGUUUAAUUGUGCACGCAAGACGAUUCGGUUUAAGUUCCUACUGUACGAUAAAUAGCUUAGAUCACAAGUUUUGCACCAUGCUUGCUAUCAAGCAUCUUGUAAGAUGUACAGUCCACUUGAAAAGAUGCACAAAUUUUGUCACUUUAGAUCGAUUUCGACCGAAAAACAGAAUCCCCACGUUUUCUAGACCUUUAUGCAAACUUUUGAAUUUUUGUUUGGCAAGUGGUUUUGUAGUAACCUUUAAUGAUGACAAUGAGGAAGAAGAAGUUAAAACCAAAGUCAACAUAGCCGAACCCAAAAGUUUUAGCAAUACUUUUAAACUCCAACAGGCUGGAAAUGAUGCUGUUAAUUCUUCUAUGUCAGUUUUGUCUACUGCCUUUCACACCUUCCAUUUUGCUCAUCAGGAAUACAUUACUUUAUUGGGAUCAGCAAUUUCUGCCCUCCUUACUGCAAUUGAGGUUGGUCCGGUUAUGGUUGAAAGACUAGGCAUUGAGGAACACCUUUCUCAGUUGCAAUCAGAAAUUUUUCUUCAAAAAAAGCAAAUCAGUGAUAGCCUCUAUGUUUACAAUGAGUCCACCAAACUGCUAAAUGUGGCUGCAAACAUAUCAUUCUUAGCAGGCAAUGAGAUCUCAUCUGGUUUAGCUUCCACCCAUCUGCACAAUGUUCAGCAGGAGGUUGACAAGAUGAAAAGUGAAGCAAUUAAGCUAGAGCAAGAGUAUUUAGAAUUGCAGAUGCAGUUUAUAGUCAAGUCCCAAUCAACAUGAGAAGACAGGAUGUAUCCGCCAGAUCCGCUCAUAUUUACUUCUGGAUGUGUUCUAAGUGGCAAAACUUGAUGGAGUCUGAACCAAGCUUCGGUUAGCUUCAAAUUAACGGCCAAAUUGCACUCACGGAAAUCCGUAUACGUCUCACACAGUGGCUUAAGAUGAACGAAAUAAAAUAUGUUAAUUUUC